AUGGCAGAAGGAGGGUGUGCGCAGAGCGAGGAGGAGGAAGCGGGUCUGUCCCGGGGCAGCGGGGUCUGCAAGUGGUUCAACGUACGGAUGGGCUUCGGCUUCCUGUCCAUGAGCAGCAGGGACGGAGCGUCUCUGGAGCCGCCGCUCGACGUGUUCGUGCACCAGAGUAAACUGCACAUGGAGGGUUUCCGCAGCCUCAGAGAGGGCGAGGCCGUGGAGUUCUGCUUCAAGAAGUCCUCUAAAGGGCUGGAGUCCGUCCGGGUGACCGGGCCUGAUGGAGCACCGUGUCUGGGCAGCGAGAGGAGACCGAAGAGCGCCCAGAAACGACGCUCCAAGGGGGACAGGUGCUACAACUGCGGAGGACCCGGCCACCACGCCAAAGAAUGCCAGCUGCCCCCUCAGCCCAAGAAGUGUCAUUUCUGCCAGAGCGUGUCGCACAUGGUGGCAAACUGUCCAGUCAAAGCGCAGCAGCAGCAGCAGCAGCAGCAGCAGCAGCAGCACUCCUCCUCCUCCUCUCCGGCCUCUCAGGGAACAGCUACCUCACCGAGGGAUGAGGAAGAGGAGCGCAGUCAGUCCACCCUCUGAAAAACUCAGAGCGAAUCAUUCAGGGAAUACGUGAGAUUUAUUUUUUCUUCCACUGGAGCACUGCUUAUAGAAAAGAGCUACCUCAGGUUUUAUUUAUAGAGCGGCAGCAAGACGCAUCACUGCAAUACUGAUGUGAUGUGACUCAUUCUUUCUUUAUUUUUACGUGUGUGUGUUUAUUUUUUCUUUUUCUGACUUAGAUAAGUGUCUUAGCUCUGGAGUGAAACAAUCAGACUUACUGUAGGUUCAGCCGUGUAGUAGCGUGCCUCCGCUAACUGAGCUGAAGACGCUAAUGCUAAAGUCUCGCUGGUUUUACAACCCUCCGAAAACAUUGCACACGUACAGGGUGUGUGGAAAGCUGUUCUGAGUGGCCUGAGGAGGUUUGCAGAUAUUUGAACCUGCAGCUUUACUGUGAUACGAGCAGACGAUUCGACGUGUGAUUACAAGAAAAGCACAGGUGCGAUCGAUAGCUGUCGUGAUGGCUGCACUCCCUUUAAGUUGAUUGCAUUAGUUUCACCUGUGCUUGUCCUGCCUUGACAAAUGAAAAAAUGCGAGACCUAUACAACAGUUAUUCACACUCAGGAAUGAAUGUGUUUUUUUUUAAUAUAUGGGAUGCAUGUGAUGUGCAUGAGUUCAUUCUCAAUGGUGAAACUCUGAAACUAACUAAAAAUAUUAACGUACUGGAUAUUUUAUUAGUUGCACCUCCAUAGUCUUAAUUAGUCGCAAUCCAAUAUAACAGCUCUGCCGUAACAUCUGCUUUUACACAGAUCUUAGUGACCUGUGUCUGGAAGGUGUAAGCUCACUUAUAUGUUUAUUAUGGAUUAUAAAGACAUAAACAUAUCGAAAGGUGGUGUCGUACUGGACUACAAAGAUGUUUCAAAGGUUUCCUCCUCCAUACACACCUCUACAAACACCUCUGAA